AUUUUGUGCACGUUGGGUUGGCACUACUUAUGCGUCCUGCGUCGAGGAAAUUUGAAAUUUAACGGACGGAAAGUGUUGUAGCUGCAUUGACGUGAGAGUGAAUCGUCUCGAUAAUAAUAUAAAUAAAAUGGCUGAGUUUAAGACGCCGUCGAAGAGGUACAAGAGCAGAUUGCAGGACAAUUUAGAAAUACAAACUCCUAUUAAGAUACCAGCCUCGCCGUUUUUAGAACAGAUAGGUUAUGGAACCGGUGUCAGCGUGUUUUCCUUGGAACGAUCGCCGAAAGUCGGGUUCGCUCGAUCACCAUGGGCAAUAAAGAAAAGGAACCAUAACGUUAAACAUGCAGAAGAGUACAAUGAACGCAUUCGAUUCGAAGCAGAGGUACUUCGUAAGCUGAAUCAUCCAAAUAUUGUAGGUUUCCGAGCAUUGACUGAAGUUUCAAAUGAUGGACAAAUUGAUCCUUGCCUUGCAAUGGAGAAAUUGGAUGCUUCUUUAAGUGAUAAGAUAGAAGAAAAACUUUGUAGUGAUGACGAUCCAUUUCCGGCAAAAGUUAUUUUGAAAAUAACAUAUGAAAUUAUGAAAGGAUUAAAAUACUUGCAUCAUACUGCUUAUAUUUUGCAUGGUGAUAUAAAAAGUCAUAAUGUAUUGGUUUCUGAAGAUUACAAUAGAGUUAAGCUUUGCGAUUUUGGGGUAUCUGUACCACUUACAAAAUCAUUAAAAAUGGAUAUAUCAAAAGGGGACUUUGCAUACAUUGGAACAGAGUGCUGGAGCGCGCCUGAAAUAAUACAUGGAGAUGGACCUGUUACAAAUGCAGCAGACAUUUGGGCAAGUGGCUUAGUUAUGUGGGAAAUGAUAGCUUUGUCAACACCUCAUCUAGAGACAGUGGAAAAAGAUGCCAGUUCUUUUGAUGAUUCAUUUACAGAAACAGACAUGCAAGAUGUUACAAGAAAUAGGAGACAUGAUGAGAGCAUGAAUGACAGUGUUGUCUUCCUGGAAGAAAUAAUUCAUGCCAAAUAUGGUACACGCCCACCAUUACCUGCCAUUCAACUAGGGAAGGAAUAUGACAGUGUCCUUGAGUUAUUUUUUGUUUGCACUACCAUGGACUAUAAACAUAGACCAAGUGCAAUAGGUCUUGUUAGAUACUUCGAAAAUUAUGUAUACAAAAACAAGAGUUAAAAAUGUUGCAUAUUG